AAAUAAGGUAACACUAAUGGAUAAGAUGGUUACCACAGUGUUUUUUGCACUUGUCUUUUUCCAAAACUAAAAUGGGUAUAAUCACUCUUUAAGGGCUUACGGUUUUGUUGAAAAGUCUUAUUUUGUUUCCCAGGCUGAAGUGCAGUAGUGAAAUCACAGCUCACUACAACUUCCAACCCCUGGGCCCAAGCAAUCCUCCCACCUCAGUCUCCUGAGUACCAGGCAGUACAGGCAUCUGCCACCACGUCCACUGUGCCCAGCUGAUUUUUAAAUUUUUGGUACAGGCAAUUUCUUUCCCACUCUGGUCCAAGGUGAAAUGAUUCUCUGGCCUCAGCCUUUUGAAGUACUGGGAUUACAGACAGGAGCCACUGUGCCCCGUCUGAAAAUUUUUUUGAUGGAAAUUGAGAUUUUAAGUAGUUUGCAACACCUUGUGCAAUAGUCAUUCCAAGAACAGAGACAUUUUUAAGGACUUCUCACUGCUUGUGGGUGAACCAGGCUGUGCAUGACUGAGAAAAGACUUAACAGUGGCAGGAUUUCAGUAGUGGUGUAAAUGUCUUCUAAUAGCUUUUAUAUGGUGGUAUCCAGAAAUUUUUGUCAUGUUUAAUCCAUGCAUCUCUGAUAAAUUGGUAUUAUUGGUCAUAUUUAAGUAAUUUUCUGAAGGUCACUAUUGCAAAGCUGGAGUUUGAACUUCUAGUGUGCUAUUAACUGAUUUAUGUUUGAAAGUACAGCAUUAGAAAUGGUGGAUGGGGAACUAUCAACUGUCGGGGAGAUCUCACCCUGUCUUUCCCUGGUUCCUACUGGACUAUGCACAGCCAUGUGUGUACUGUCUUGUGAUAAUAUAACUGGAUAUUUCGUGUAUUUGGUCACAAGAUCAACCUUAGGUGGGUUAUGCUGCGAGCAUUACAUGUUCUCACUGUGUCAAAGGCACUGGGUGUACUGUGUUGGAUGGUUUCUACAUUUAAAGAUAAGCUAGUGUGCUUGGAGGUGUGGGAAGUGCAUGUAAUGUUUUACAAUAAGGGAGAUGGAGUGCUGUGAGAAUAAAGGGGGUAACAAUUUGGGUGGUAAUUGAUGGGCCUUACAGAAUUCUGUUCAGUCUGAUACCUGCAGGCUGAGGAGGUUCCUAUGAAGUUCAUAUGGAAAGUAAUGGGUUUGGGAAUGGCUGCGAGCAGGGUCGUAUACCUGAAGCACGUGAACCUAUGCGGAAAGCGGAGGCCUGCGUGCGCCUGCGCAGUGCAGCUUAGUGCGUCGGCGUGCAGUUCUCCCGCCCUUUUCAGCGACGCAGCUUCUGUAGUUGGGUUGCGGGAGCUGGCCCUCAGAAACCUAUACUUACUGGGUUAGGGAAAGUUUUGGAGGAUGCUGAGGCCUGAGGUCUCAUCAACCUCGCCUUCUGCCCCUGCGGUUUCCCUCUCAUCGGGAGAAACACGCUCACCUCAGGGUCCCCGCUACAAUUUCGGACUCCAGGAGACUCCUCAGAGCCGCCCUUCAGCCCAGGCCGUCUCUGCAUCCACCCCUCCCGGCACGUCGGGAGCCGCGGGCGACCGGAGCAGCAGCAGCAGCCUCCCCUGCCCUGCGCCAAGCUCCCGGCCAGCUCAAGGUUCACACUUUGGAAACAAAAGACCUUAUGUAGAAAACACACUUGCAUCAAAUUUUACUUUUGGCGCAAGCUCAUCUUCUGCACGAGAAACUAAUUAUCCUCAAACACUUAAAACUCCAUUGUCUACUGGAAAUCCUCAGAGAUCAGGUUAUAAAAGCUGGACACCACAAAUGGGAUAUUCAGCUUCAUCCUCAUCUGUGAUUUCUGCACACUCCCCAUCAGUUAUUGUAGCUGUUGUAGAAGGGAGAGGACUUGCCAGAGGUGAAAUAGGAAUGGCAAGUAUUGAUUUAAAAAACCCCCAAAUUAUACUAUCCCAGUUUGCAGACAACACAACAUAUGCAAAGGUGAUCACUAAACUCAAAAUUUUAUCACCUUUGGAAAUAAUAAUGUCAAAUACUGCUUGUGCUGUGGGGAAUUCCACCAAGUUGUUCACUCUGAUCACAGAAAAUUUCAAGAAUGUUAAUUUCACUACUAUCCAAAGGAAAUACUUCAAUGAAACAAAAGGACUAGAGUACAUUGAACAGUUAUGCAUAGCAGAAUUCAGCACAGUCCUAAUGGAGGUUCAGUCCAAGUAUUACUGCCUUGCAGCUGUUGCAGCUUUGUUAAAAUAUGUUGAGUUUAUUCAAAAUUCAGUUUAUGCACCAAAAUCGCUGAAGAUUUGUUUCCAGGGUAGUGAACAGACGGCCAUGAUAGAUUCAUCAUCAGCCCAAAACCUUGAAUUGUUAAUUAAUAAUCAAGACUGUAGGAAUAAUCACACUCUCUUUGGUGUUUUAAAUUAUACUAAGACUCCUGGAGGGAGUAGACGACUUCGUUCUAAUAUAUUAGAACCUCUAGUUGAUAUUGAAACCAUUAACAUGAGAUUAGAUUGUAUUGAAGAACUGCUUCAAGAUGAGGAACUAUUUUUUGGACUUCAAUCAGUUAUAUCAAGAUUCCUUGAUACAGAGCAGCUUCUUUCUGUUUUAGUCCAAAUUCCAAAGCAAGACACGGUCAAUGCUGCUGAAUCAAAGAUAACAAAUUUAAUAUACUUAAAACAUACCUUGGAACUUGUGGAUCCUUUAAAGAUUGCUAUGAAGAACUGUAACGCACCUUUAUUAAGAGCUUACUGUGGUUCCUUGGAAGACAAGAGAUUUGGAAUCAUACUUGAAAAGAUUAAAACAGUAAUUAAUGAUGAUGCAAGAUACAUGAAAGGAUGCCUGAACAUGAGGACUCAGAAGUGCUAUGCAGUGAGGUCUAACAUAAAUGAAUUUCUUGACAUAGCAAGAAGAACAUAUACAGAGAUUGUAGAUGACAUAGCAGGAAUGAUAUCACAGCUUGGAGAAAAAUAUAGUCUUCCUUUAAGGACAAGUUUUAGUUCUGCUCGAGGAUUUUUCAUCCAGAUGACUACAGAUUGUAUAGCCCUACCUAGUGAUCAACUUCCUUCAGAAUUUAUUAAGAUUUCUAAAGUGAAAAAUUCUUAUAGCUUUACAUCAGCGGAUUUAAUUAAAAUGAAUGAAAGAUGCCAAGAAUCUUUGAGAGAAAUCUAUCACAUGACUUAUAUGAUAGUGUGCAAACUGCUUAGUGAGAUUUAUGAACAUAUUCAUUGCUUAUACAAACUAUCUGACACUGUUUCAAUGCUGGAUAUGCUACUGUCAUUUGCUCAUGCCUGCACUCUUUCUGACUACGUUCGACCAGAGUUUACUGAUACUUUAGCAAUCAAACAGGGAUGGCAUCCUAUUCUUGAGAAAAUAACUGCAGAAAAACCUGUGGCCAACAAUACCUAUAUUACAGAAGGGAGUAAUUUUUUGAUCAUAACUGGACCAAACAUGAGUGGAAAAUCCACAUAUUUAAAACAGAUUGCUCUUUGUCAGAUUAUGGCCCAGAUUGGAUCAUAUGUUCCAGCAGAAUAUUCUUCCUUUAGAAUUGCUAAACAGAUUUUUACAAGAAUCAGUACUGAUGACGAUAUUGAAACAAAUUCAUCAACAUUUAUGAAAGAAAUGAAAGAGAUAGCAUAUAUUCUACAUAAUGCUAAUGACAAAUCGCUCAUAUUAAUUGAUGAACUUGGCAGAGGUACUAAUACAGAAGAAGGUAUUGGCAUUUGUUAUGCUGUUUGUGAAUAUCUACUGAGCUUAAAGGCAUUUACAUUGUUUGCUACACAUUUCCUGGAACUAUGCUAUAUUGAUACCCUGUAUCCUAAUGUAGAAAACAUGCAUUUUGAAGUUCAACAUGUACAGAAUACCUCAAGAAAUAAAGAAGCAAUUUUGUAUACCUACAAACUUUCUAAGGGACUCACAGAAGAGAAAAAUUAUGGAUUAAAAGCUGCAGAGGUGUCAUCACUUCCACCAUCAAUUGUCUUGGAUGCCAAGGAAAUCACAACUCAAAUCACAAGACAAAUUUUGCAAAACCAAAGGAGUACCCCUGAGAUGGAAAGACAGAGAGCUGUGUAUCAUCUAGCCACUAGGCUUGUUCAAACUGCUCGAAACUCUCAAUUGGAUCCAGACAGUUUACGAACAUAUUUAAGUAAUCUCAAGAAGAAGUACAAAGAAGAUUUUCCCAGGACUGAACAAGUUCCAGGAAAGACUGAAGAAUAGUAACAAUUUACAUCUUGUACUAAUGUAAUAAUAUAUCUUAAUUCAAGGAACCUAGAAUUUAUUUUUCUUCUCAGAGAUAAGAAAAUAAUAUUUGCUAAAUUUCAUAUUUUAAUUGAAAAUUACAUUAAUAUCACAAUUGUCAUCUAUAUUCUAUGUAUGAAAAAUAUUUAUUAUAACUUAAAUGAGAACUACUUGGAAUGGUUUUUAUGUUAGGAAAAAGUAUAAUAUACCACUUUUUUGUUGUAAAAAUUCAUGAUUAAGACCUAAGUUUAUUUAUUUAUACUUACAAGUUAUAGUUUAAAAUAUUAUUGUAAAUACCUUAGGUUAAUAAAUAACUUUCCCUUUAGGUCUGGAAACUUUUAUGAGCUUUUCUUUUACAUUCUAUUCUGAAGUAAUAAUGCCCUAUGACUCAACAGUUUAUUAAUUAGUACCCCACAUUCCAACACUGGAAGGUUCUGAAGUUCAUCAGAGUAAUUUUGGAAUCACUCUGCUAAGUGAGUAAUCUCAGCCUAAAGGCCUAACGUAGAUAAGUUAUUCUUUUCUUGGGCAACUAAGUGUCUGAAAUUCAAGGUAUACAUUUGAACCAUUUUCAGUAAGUUAGAGUAUUCACGGUAGUUUGACCCCCCAACAUUAUUCACAAACCACUUAGGGCCAUAUUUUAUUCUAUAAUAUUUAAUAUUAAUAUUUGUUGAUUUUAUUAAACUUUCAGCAUUCUAAGUAAAUAUUAGUAGCCAAGUAUAUUGAAAAAGUUAUAAUUUAAAUGAUACAUGUAUUAUUUUGGAAAAGUAAAUGUAAAUUUUUUGUUUGUUUUACAUUCAAUUCAACAUAUAUUAAAUGUCUUGUUAGAUUACUUA